AUAAAAUUAAUGUUUUUCAAUGGAGGCUUGUUUGCACAUAAUGAUAGAAUUUGUGUAUAAUUUGGCGUGAUUCUAUCAAUUUACUGUUUAAAGUUUAAUUUUUUUGGCAGUGCUAGUAGGACCUAACCUCUUUGACUUGUCCUGCGUAAAAUGUCACAAGCUGCCAUCGCGGUGAGGGAGGAGAAUCGCGAAGGCAUAAGGAGUCGUUCCUCAGGAGCCAACUCCAACAUGGUCACGAACAUUAAAGAUCACAUCACUUGUACAAGAUCUAUGGAAAACUACACGUCGCAAGACUCGAAAGUUGGAAUCGUGUCGUUCCCUUGUGAUUUUGAUCAUAUGUACGCCAGCAUGAGUGAAGGAAUGGUUUCUUCCAAAGAGAAAAACGAAUAUAAACACUUGAAAGAAAUUUGUUUACAACACCUGGACCUAAUCCAACAACAGUCUGAACUGAUUGCCAAGCAAGAAAAACAAAUUCAGACGUUGCGUCAAGAGAAAGAGAAGUUAAAGCAACGUAUUCAACGAUUAGACCGUCGGUCUGGCCAUUCCAAGACAAAUUGUGACUCUGAAAACACUGAAACUAAAGUUGGAAGGGGGGAUCUAUCAUCUUCCCGACGAAAUGCCAGUCCUAUCACUUCAGAAACUGGAAAGUCUCCCCGACACAGAAACAACAGAUCCUUUAGCCCCAAGGAGAGAUCUCGAAGUCCUCUGCAAUGGAGGAGAUCUGCUCAACGAAGACAGAGUGAAGACGGUGGAGCUUCUGUGAGUAGUGAAUGUGAAAUGCGUGAUGAUUCUUCUACCACUACUGUCAGUCAGCGAUCUGCCCAAAGAGGCAAACGAUCUGGUGGACCAGGAAGAAAACGUCAAAGAGGCAAAAGGAGUAUUUCCUCUGGUUCAAGAGAAGUCAAUGCUGAUGAAGAACCCAAUGAAGAAGUUCCUUUGUCUGAUACCCGGGAGUCUAAAAGAGUCAAGAAAGAUGAAACAGAACUCAGCUCAGGGGCUGUCAACCAAACCAAUGCUGUACUUACUACAAGUGAAGCAUACUACACAGCAACAGGCAGCUCUGAACCUGGUUGGUCUCUAAGUGAAAUGUGCAUAGAAACAGAGCCUGAGCCGGAACUUACUGGAGAUGUCCUUGAGACACCUCAGUGGCGAGUUAAAGUGUAUACCAGCUUGUACUCAAUGGAAGGCACUGAAAAUUUAGAUGAUGAAGUAUUUCUGAAACGUCAUCACAGAUUAGAAGUUGAUGAAAGGAGAAGGAAGAGAUGGGAUGUUCAAAGAAUACGUGAACAAAGACACAUAGAGAAAUUAAAGCAGCGGGAAUUGCAGUCAAAUGCUCUUGGAGGAUCAAAAGGCGAUGGUCAAUCUGAAGAACCAGUCAGUACUCUUUGGCCGAUCCCUGAUGAUGCGCAAUACCUAGAAGUGGCUGAUGAGCUGCCUGUCGCUGCCUUUGGUCUGCCUGUUUCUAAGUUUACUCCAAGUGAAUUCUCUCUGCCGUGGUUGCAGUCUGGUUCAAGUGAUGAUCACAAACCAACAGGGAAAAAACCCUUGAGAAAUCGAAGAACAGCUUCAGGUAGCGCAUCAGGGAGAAAAAGAAUAGUAAGGAGAGGUGGACACAGGGGAUCUCAUUAUCUCUCAAGAAGGAGAGGUGAUGGUGCAGAAAGGAAGUAAAACAAAAAUAGUUCUGUAAGAAGUCAUUAAUUUCGCUGGUUAAUGUCUAUGUUCUUCAUCACAUAUGACAUUAAAAAUGCUAAAAAUUUCUUUCAAGUGUUCCCCUUUAUAUCAGAGUGUAAUUAAGAUUUUAAUUUUUGCCAAACAAUCAUGAUAUCUAAAGAUAUCUUAUAAAAUCAUUUUCAUCAAGAUCAACAUUAAGUGACAACACUCAUUAGCCCUUUAAUUUCGUAUCUUAUUUCUCUAUAAUUUUUAAUUACGUGGACCGUGAAUGUACCUUUGUAUGUUGAACAGGUUUUUAAACUUCUUCUAGUACCAUUGUUUUAGUAAAUUUUGUUCUUUUAUUGUUUUUCAAAAGUGUAGGAAAUAUUUUGUUUGUCUCAAUUCACAUGGUAGCUUGUUUAUUAUUUUGGGACAACUGAGUACAGUCAAGAUUUUAUGGUUUGGAAUACUUUAAAAUAUAUUGUUGUUUCUUUUUUUCUUUCCCCCUUUUUUUUGUUUGCUUGUAAGAAAAAUGUUAAACUUUUGUGGUCAUGCAAUAUCAAUUUUCAUAUGUGUACAUAUAUAGAUAUAUUUUACUACUGAAAGUUGAAUUUUGAUAUGCACAUUUUGUAUAUCAGUAUAUUUUUCAAAGAUAAGUAGAUACAUGUGCCUAGUCACCGUUUGGUACUCUCCACUUCCAGUCAUGUGGCUGUACUAAGAUAAUUGCUCAAACUUCCUCAGUGGUAUCAUAAUCGAACUGGAGAUUAAGUCAUAAGAAGUCAGUUCUUUAAAUAUUUUGACUACUGAUAAGAAUGAGUAUGUAUUAGCAUUCACAACCUAUUUCAGGGGGAUUGUUGUGGUGCAUAUCUUCUUGGUCUUCCAUGUGAUGGAUAAUGUGAUCAUCAUUUGAAGUGUUUUUUGUAAAUGUUUUCCUUAUCUCCCUGUUAAACGUUUGUUAGAUAGAUGUAGGUAUGUUUUAAGAGAAAUUUCUUAAUGGCCGUGUGAAAGUGCAGUUAGGUUUUCUGUUGUAACUGCAUACAGGUCUUUUGUUUUUUUCUUUGUAAUCAAUUUGGUGUUUCUGUAGUAGCCUGUAUUAUCAGUAAAUGACCGUAUUUGAUCAUAUUUCUGUAGUGAUACAAUGACAUUUUAAUCAGCUCAUGCUUGAUCUUUGAGUAAAGAUGGUGGUUCCUUCUCACCACUCAUUUCAAUUUGGCUUACAAAUUUCUUGGUUUCUGCUUUUUCAAAUUAGGUGACGCAUCUGACUACUACCAAAGUUUUAGUGUACCUACGUGUUAGAUAUUUGCAUGGCUAUAUUUUUUCUGAAUCUCAAUUUUACUACCCAUUGAGGGUGGAGUGAAAAAAUUAAUCUGCAUUUGAGUCGGUAUUUACCUCAUACUGAAGACAAAGGCUGUGCAAGCUAAUAAUCUGUAUUAAUGUGACUUAAGAACUUGUUAUGAUUCUGUAUUGCAGGUUAUUUUAAAAAGCCAAGUUUUAUCUCAGAGCAUUUAAGAAAACUGGUUUAAAUAAAUGUAUUAUUUGUCA